CUCCUGGCAUCCCUUGGGCUAGGUUAUUGCUUUCAAGCUGGGCUGCAGGCUGGGGCAUGGCUCUGGGUUGCUGAGGCUGCUUCUCCUCCCUGGCUGGUAAGACUUCAGUUUGCCCAGCUGCUGGUUGUCUGUCCCCACUGAGUUGCUGAGGUUGCUUCUCCUCCCUGGCUGAUCUCAAAAUGAAAAACAACUGCACAGAGACUAAAGAGAAAAGCAACGGCGAAGUUCAAGAUAAUUCUGUAGUGAAAAAAAAAGUUGAGUGGUCUGCUAAACUCAUUGUUGCUGCGUUGGCUGGAGCAUUUGGAUCCUCCUUUCUGUAUGGCUACAAUCUGUCCGUGGUGAAUGCGCCAACAGUGUUUAUCAAGACAUUUUAUAAUGAAACUUGGGAAAGAAGAUAUAACGAAACCAUCACCGAGGAUACAGUGACCCUGCUAUGGACUGUAUCUGUUUCUAUUUUUGCCAUUGGUGGACUUGUGGGUGCUUUGAUUGUGACACCAGCUGUCAAAUAUUUUGGGCGAAAACGUACACUUCUGCUAAAUAAUGUAUUUGCCAUUGUGGCUGCCUUGUUAAUGGCAUUUUCUCGACUGGCAGGAUCCCUCGAAAUGAUUAUUCUGGGACGAUUCAUAAUGGGUAUUGACGGAGGCAUAUCUCUAAGUGCUCUCCCCAUGUAUUUGAGCGAAAUUUCACCCAAGCAGAUCCGCGGAUCCUUAGGGCAAAUUACCGCUAUUCUCAUCUGUGUUGGUGUUUUCACUGGACAAGUUUUGGGGCUACCGGAAAUAUUUGGGAAGGAAUCGCUGUGGCCUUACUUGUUUGGGGUGAUCGUUGUUCCAUCAGUCAUUCAAGUUGUGAUCUUGCCUUUUCUUCCAGAAAGUCCUCGCUACCUGCUGCUUGAAAAGCAAGACACAAAAGCAGCAGAGAAAGCCUUUCAGGCCUUCCGUGGGAAAUCUGACGUGUCGUGUGAAGUUGAAGAAGUUUUGGAAGAGAGUCGGUUGCAGAGGAACGUCCAGGCGGCCUCGAUCCUUCAGCUCCUGUGUGACAGCAGUAAACGCUGGCAGGUCCUCACCGUGAUCGUCACCAUGGCCUGCUACCAGCUCUGUGGCCUGAACGCUAUUUGGUUCUACACAAACGACAUUUUCAAGGGAGCAGGGCUCAGUCCAGAGAUGAUCCCGUAUAUCACAUUAAGUACGGGAGGGGUUGAGAUUUUGGCUGCUGUUUUCUCUGGCUUAGUGAUAGAACGGCUUGGGCGCAGACUUCUUCUCAUCGGGGGAUUCGGCUUGAUGAUCCUCUUCUUCGUAAUACUCACCAUCUGCAUGACUUUGCAGGAUCGAGGAGAAUGGCUCAGCCACCUCAGUAUAUUCUGCAUUCUUGCUAUAAUUGCAUCAUUUUGCAUUGGACCAGGCGGGAUCCCAUUUGUCCUAACGGGUGAGUUCUUUCCCCAGGCGCAAAGGCCCGCUGCCUUUAUGAUCGCUGGGAUAGUCAACUGGCUCUCCAAUUUUGCAGUUGGACUUCUGUUCCCUUUCAUUCAGAGAGGCUUGCAGACAUAUUGUUUCCUGGUGUUUGCAGCCGUCUGUCUGGCUGGAGCCACGUACCUCUUUUUCGUCCUUCCUGAAACAAAAAACAAAACACUUCUUGAAAUCAACCAGGCAUUUGCCAAAAAGAAAGGACAUUCAGAAGUGCGUGAGAUGGACCAGUUUGCAGAAACGAGAAAAUCAAGUGGAGAACAAGAGCGACACUUCACUUCUACACUGGAAAAUGGGGAAAUCAAAGCCAGAAUAUGUUAAACCCUGUUUCUUCCUGAGAAUAUGUUUGUAAUAUAUGUAUCAAUACCAUAGCUGUUCCGUCUGCCCAGAUCUCACUUUAAAAAAAAAAACCCGCAAAAUGAUUGUAGGGGAAAUUAUUGUAACUGGGGCUGACCUACAGUAAGAGAGGUGGGAGGAAAUAAUAUCUUGUUAACAGGGAAAGUCAGGUUAUUGGAAGAAGUGAAAGUGGUAGUUGAUUCACGUUAAAUGUAUUUCAAUUCAAAACGGAUCAAAUUAGCUGGUUGUCAUUUCACAGGAGACAUAACCAGGAUCUUCCAUUGUGUGGGAAGAUGGUGCCACGUAUUUUUCUCCUGGUCCCACACUCUGAAUUUUGUGGAUCUUCAUAGAAAUAAGACCUUCCCUCUGUGGGUUCGUCUGCUGGGUUUUGAUCCUGCUCAAUUUGCCCUGUAAUUUUGGGGACAAGAAGCUCUUGAAUGCUGCCUGGCAGUUUCCCCAAGGUGCUUUCCAAAGUAAGAAAAUGCCUCUACGGAUAGCAGGAAAGGGAAACAAUAGGGAAGAAUAUUGCCUGUGAGUUAUGCCUUCGCUGUCUGGCCUGGACUGCUUCUUCUCUUCCUCCCAAAGACCUGCAGAAGAGAUGCAAGCUGUACCCAGCAGAAUGCAGGGCUGAUUCAAGGUCGUUUAUUGUGGUAAGCAUGGGAGCCCAUUCUCUCCUGGUCUGGAUCCAAGCCCUGCAAGCAACACCAGAGGGUCUUGGCUCAGACCCAACCGGUAGCAGUGCCAUAUCCAGGUGGGGAUGCCAGCCUCCGUCCAUGCGGCUCAUGGCUGGGAGCAAGUCUCCCCUGCUAUGGAUCUCUCCCUUCUUGUCUCAAGCGGUUGCCUGGAUGACUUGCCCAGAGAACAGGCCCCGUGGCAAGGAACACUCUCCGGACAGGCCAACAAAGGAGACGGGUUGCUCCAAUGGAAGCAGCUUCUGUACAAGCUGUCGUCUGCUCACAAAAUAUCAACGGAUGUUUGCGUGCCCUACUAGAAAGACGUUUUUCCACAUUUGUGUUGUGCAAUCUGAUCAACAGCUCAUCAUUCUCUUGAAUUUGAAACAGUUUUCCAGGAACUACCUGGGCUCAGGGAAGAAGCAUUGGCUGUUAUCCAGGUAUUACUGAUUUCUUGGACUCAAAUCAGGAUAUAAGCCAUUGUUUAAAUCUCAGGCCACACCAUCUUUUUUCUUUGUCUUUUUUGCCUAUAUUUCAAUGAAAUUAAGGAAAUGAAUGAAAUCAAACUCUCCAAGGUAAGGACUCUGCUGUGCUUUGAAGUGGAGCAUCUUUAUGAUAGUCAAAUUGCAACUUUUUAGUAACUUCAGAAUAAUUUUUUAUGGCAGAACAACUACUUUGUAAAUAAAAUAAUUUAAUAUC